GUGUCAUGUUGACAUGCCAGCAAGGUUUUAAAAUAAUAAUAAGAAGAAGUUUUAUAGUCUCAGUUGGUCGCGAGUAAGUGGGAGACAAAGUAGCUCAUUCGCAGUUUGAAGGAGCUUUUUCCCAAGGAAAAUCGUAGUGAAAAGUAUAAUAAAAUAGUGAAAAGUCACUGUGAAGGCCACCCUCGUGACACGUGCGCGUGUGACGUGCUACAAAACUCGGGUGUGUGUUGAGAAAAACGCCCAAUUUUUGUGUCAAUUGUGAGAGAAAAGUGUUUUGUGUCUCUUUCGCACAAUGUUGUUCUCUUGGCUAGCGGAUUUCUGCAACUUGCCGAUUGAUCUGAUCAAUUUUUUGAUCAGCCAAUGCUUGGCUCUUCUUCUGGCCUCUUUCUUCCGGUCUGUGCUGCAUCCGUCAAAGGUAUCAGCUGGCGUUCGUCAUGCUAUUGGCCUGGUUCUGGGUCUAUUCUUCGGCUAUUUCUGCUUUGGGCAGCAGGCCAUUCAUAUCGCAGGCCUCCCAGCAAUCUGCUACAUUGUGAUUCGUACUCAGAAUCCCCAGAUUGUUCAGCGCCUUGUGAUGGUGGUGGCUUUGACAUAUCUCUCAUGCAUUCACCUGCAUCGGCAGUACUACGACUAUGGAUCGUAUUCCUUGGAUAUCACAGGACCCCUCAUGAUCAUUACACAGAAAGUUACAAGUCUGGCAUUCAGUAUCCAUGAUGGAUUUACGAGAGAACAGAAAGAACUCACCAAGAGUCAACAGUAUCAUGCUGUUCAGAAACUUCCAUCGGCUCUAGAGUUCUUCUCCUAUGCCCUUCAUUUCCAGGGUAUUCUCGCGGGUCCAAUAGUUUUCUAUCGCGACUACAUGGAGUUCAUCGAAGGGUAUCAUAUUCUCAAGCAUGCUCCAGGUUCUUCCUCAGCCAUGAGCGGUUCAUAUUGGGGCAAAGAAAUUAUCCAGGAACCAUCUCCUAUGAAGAGUGUGAUCAACAAAGUGGCUGCAAGUCUCAUUUGUGCCUACAUCUUCAUGAAAUUUGUGACUAUGUAUCCAAUUGAAACGAUCAAGGAGGACGAAUUUAUAAACAAUACUUCGAUGGUGUACAAAUUCUGGUUUGUCAUGAUGGCUACAACGGUGUGUCGGUUCAAGUAUUACCAUGCUUGGCUAUUUGCUGAUGCCAUCUGCAACAAUUCAGGCCUCGGAUUCAAUGGAUACGAGGUUGAUGGGACGGCAAAAUGGGAUAUGAUCUCAAAUAUAAAUGUGAUUGGAUUUGAGUUCGGUACGAACUUCCGUGAUUGCAUCAACAGCUGGAAUAUGGGAACAAAUCGAUGGCUCAGGAUGAUUGUUUAUGAGCGUGUGCCAAAGAAGUAUGGGACUGUGCUUACAUUCGCCCUCAGUGCUCUCUGGCAUGGAUUCUACCCAGGAUAUUAUGUUACUUUUGCUAGUGGCGCACUCUUUGUGAUGGCAGCUCGUUCUGGUCGACGAAUGUUCCAUCACCGAUUCCAGAAAUCUGCAUUUGUUCGCCGUUUCUAUGAUAUUCUUACUUGCUUCGUCACAAGAUUUUACAUGGGAUAUGCCACAUUCCCAUUUGUCAUUCUUGGAUUUAAGGCGAGUUUUACUGUGUACCUGAAAUGUUACAUGUGCCUUCAUGUGAUUGCCUUGGCAACCAUCUUUCUCCUGCCGCGUUUCAUUCGUGGCGAGCGAACUGCGCGAAAACAGGCAGCUACUCAAGUUUUUGAGGGAAGUUGUCAGGAGGCUCUAAUGGUUGGGAAGGAUGAAAAGGCUGAGCAGAGGGUGAGUGCGAAGGAGAGUAUUGAUGAGGGACGAAAUGAUCCGCUUCCGGAGAUGGACAGUGAUGCUCUGGCAUCGGUGAUAAAGAAGAACUUUGAAAUGGAAGCACGCAAUCUUGAGGAAUUUCUGGAGAAGAAGGCCAAGGGAAUUGUGGAGCUGAAGGAGGAUCUAUGGCAGGAGCUUAAUGUAAUGUACUCAUCACCGGAGAUGGAAUUGAGGAAGAGAUAUCCGGAGGGUAUUUCACCGGAUGUGGGAGUUGAUGUGUUUAUCAAGAAGGAGAUCAAUGCUCUCAAUCAGGCCGUUCAGCAGGCCACUGUCUUGCCCGCGGUGCUCAGCAAUGGACAUGCCAAGUAGGUGGGACAAAUUUAUACCACAUCACAAAAAAAAAAUCCUCCACAGUUCCCCUGUCUCUCUCUAACUUGGAAUUUUCCUCACGAGUUCACAGAAAAAUUGCAAGAAGUUGAUAAAUAAUAUUCCAAAUCGGCCGGGAUAUUAAUAGAUUCCGGGUCAAAUGUUUUUUUGUUUCACUUUUUUUUUGGCCUCGUGCAUUAUGUAUUUGUUCGCACAAAAAAAAUCUAAUUCAUGUUCUUGUUUUAUUUUGUAUUGAAAAAGUUGGGAAAUUCAGCAGAAAAUUAUCAAAGCGAAUUGGAAUUCAAAACCUUGUGAAAUGUUUCUAUGCAAUUUAAAGUUUAGCCUGAAAUUUUAAAUGAAAAAAAAAACUUUAUAGAAGAGAUAAAUAAAAAAAAAAUAAAAGCCA